AUGGAAGAAGCUGAACUCUGCUUUCCAGAAAUCAACACCUCCUGCAGGAAGCCGAGUCACCCUCACCUGGAGGCCUCGCUCAUUUACACUCUGCUGUCAUGCAUCUCUCUGCUCACUGUGUUCCUCAACCUGCUGGUCAUCGUCUCCAUCUCACACUUCAGGCAGCUCAACACUUCCACCAACUUCCUCCUCCUCUCUCUGGCUGUCUCAGACUUCCUGGUGGGUUUCCUGCAGAUACCGGUUGAAGUCAUCAUCUAUAUGGGCUGCUGGAUCCUGGGUGACCUCAUGUGUGCUCUGAACUACUUUUUAGGCGCCCUCAUUGUCAGUGUCUCGGUAGGAAACAUGGUGCUCAUAUCAGUUGACCGCUACGUAGCUAUUUGUGACCCCAUGUUUUACUGCACCAAAGUCACUCCGCGAAGAGUCCAGCAGUGCAUUUGUCUGUGUUGGAUCAUUUCUGCUUUGUACAACAGCUGGUUGCUGAGAGAUUUACUGAAACAACCAGGCAGGUAUAACUCGUGUUAUGGAGACUGUGCAUUUGGUAUUAAUUAUGUUGAAGGAGCUGUUGACCUUGUUCUUUCCUUUUUCGGCCCCAUUCUUGUCAUAAUAGUUCUGUAUAUGAGAGUGUUCGUGGUGGCUGUGUCUCAGGCUCGAGCCAUGAGGUCUCAUAUUGCAGCUGUCAAACUGCAGGACUCAAAGACAAUAACUGUGAAGAAAUCUGAGCUGAAAGCAGCCAGGACUCUUGGUGUUGUUGUAGUUGUGUUCCUUCUGUGCAUUUUACCGUAUUAUUGUUUCAGUGUUGCAGCUGAGGACAACUUGGUAGGGUCAGCGUCUGCUGCCGUUCAGAUUUGGAUGUUGUAUUUAAACUCGUGUAUAAACCCUUUGAUCUAUGUCUUCUUCUACCCCUGGUUUAAAAAAUCUAUUAAAAUCAUUGUUACACUCCAAAUCCUGCAGCCCCGCUCCUCCGAGACCAACAUGCUGGAGUGA